AUGUACGGGCUGGGCAUCCGACUCGGGUACUAUUUCCAAUGGUACGGGGCGAUACUGGCGCGAUGGCUGGCACCUUCCGAGGUAAAGAGUCUGGCGUUCUCGACGGAUGUCUUUGUCGCGGCGACGUUCCUCGCGCUCGUGAUCCUGACGCUGACGGACGUGGAAAGUCUCGAGCCUGUCGAGACGUACAUUGUGCUGUUGCUGAUGUUCGGCGCGUACCUGGCGCUCGUGCCGAUAUAUGUGUGGCGGUUGUUGACGGCGUGCGAUCCUUACUGGGACCCAACCCGCUAUCCCCGCGUCAACCUCGGCGCGAUGUCAGCAAACCUAAGCUUCACCCUCCUCAUAGGCGUGCUAGUCUUCCAGUACUGGUUCUGGUUCGACCGCGUUCCGGACCUGGAUCACCGCAGUUGCCAGCAAUACGGCUUCGUCUUCGGCGAAGUGCGCCUCAAUAGCAAAGCCUCGGUUGUCCUUCACGCGCUCAUGUACUUCUGGCUCGGACUCGUCUGCAUCUACAUCCUACUCCUUAAGCUUCGCGCCAUGGCCGGGUUCCCGGAUCCCGGUGCGGAAAGCCGACGACCGAAGCGUGCGCACAUCGAAUUUCUGCAGAAUCUGGAUGUUUGGAUCAAAAUUGUGAUUGCACUAGCUGUUACUGUUGCAACGGAGCUGACAAUAUCGUGGAACGAGAUCGGGGGUGUCGGGACGCUGUCUGGCGCGGGUCAAACGAUCCCGUUUGCGAUUGGAUUGGCGGCGAUUUCGUCCGACGUCGGUGAGGGAUAUGCCACAGCCGAUUCCAGUGAGACAACCGCCCCGACCGGCGAUUAG